AGUACUGGAAGUUGGUUGAGCCCCACACCCUGUGUGACCCCCACGGGACGGAAGCACCCCUGUACUAAAAAAGAGCUGAGAAGAAAGAAGUGUUUAGUCGCCAGCCAGAGACUAACGGAUGCUCAGCUGCACUACAUCCACCAUGCCUGGGAUGAUCUGCAAGAACUCAGACCUGGAGUUUGACUCGCUGAAGCCCUGCUUUUAUCCGGAAGAAGAUGACGUCUACUUUGGCGCUCGCGACUCGACGCCUCCUGGGGAGGACAUCUGGAAGAAGUUUGAACUGUUGCCUACGCCUCGGUUGUCACCUAGCCGUGCUUCGGCGGAGCACAGCCUGGAGCCAGUGAACUGGGCCACUGAGAUGCUGCUGCCUGAGGCCGACCUAUGGGGCAACCCGGCCGAGGAGGAUGUUUUUGGCCUGGGAGGACUCCGGGGCCUCACCAGCAACCCGAUCAUCCUUCGGGACUGCAUGUGGAGUGGCUUCUCCAACCUGGAGAAGCUGGAGAGUGCGGUAAGUGAGAAGCUGCCAGACCGCUAUGGGUCCCUGGCUGCUGGCCCCAGCACCUCAGCCCCUGGAGCGGCAGCCACCGCCAGCUCUGAGGGCCACGCGCGCAGCGGAACCGCAAGUGGGGGGCGUGGGAAAGCCGCCUGGCUCACAGAGCUCGCCCACCUGGACUCGGAGUGCUUGGACCCCGCUGUGGUCUUCUUCCCAGCGAAUAAGCGCGAGUGGGUGCCUGUACCGGCCAUCCCAGCCAAAGCCGGCACUGCGGGAACUGUAGUCAGCUGUGGUGAACACCAGGCCUUCAGUGCCUCCCGAGAGGGCAUCCUGAGCAACUCAGGUACUGAGGAGGAAGAUGAAGAGGAAAUCGAUGUGGUCACGGUGGAGGAGACCCAGUGCUCUAAGACUGUCACCAGGCUCCCCACCGUGGCGCGCCCUGAGAAAGCAGCUUUCGGCCCUGGGCGCGCGCAAUCCAAUGAGCGGAUCCUCAAGCGCUGUAUCCUCAUUCAUGAGCAGCACAACUACGCUGCACAGCCUUUGCCCUGUGUGGGCAGGGAGGACACACCGCCGCACAAGAAACUCAAGAGCGCUGCUUCACUAGGGUCCCUCAAGUGCGUCCUCCCGCUGAAGCCCACGAGAUUGGGUCCACGCAACUCACACUUAGAGGACAUUGAGCGUCGCCGCAACCACAACAUGAUGGAGCGACAACGCCGUGACAGUAUGCGCUCCAGCUUCCUGAACCUCAGGGACCUUGUGCCUGAGCUGGUGCACAAUGAGAAGGCAGCCAAGGUGGUCAUCCUGAAAAAGGCCACCGAGUACAUCCACACUCUGCAGGCUGAUGAGUAUAAGCUCCUGGUGGAAAGGGAGAAAUUGCAUGCAAGACAACAACAGUUGCUGAAGAAAAUCAAACACUCUAAAACAUACUGAACGUUUC